CUCUCCCUGUUCUCCCAGCCGCCGGGUGCCCCUCGCUCCCUGCCCCCUCUCUUUGAGCCUGGCUACACGGCUGGAGGAACUGGGUUGCAAAGGUAGCGCAGGCGAAGGGGCGCGGCGGGGCUAGCGCAGCCAGGGGGGCUCCGAGGGGAAAUCGGCGAAAAACCCGUCCCGCGGCUCUGUCCCGACCUUGGCAGAGUUGCAGCAGGCGGGAUUGGAAGGAGCCCGCCCCUCCGCUUCCUCCCGCGGACUGGGAUCGUUCCUCCGCCUUUGCAAAGAAAACAAAACAACAACAAAGCCCAUGUCAAGUCCCCGACGUCUCCGGGCCCCGCAGUAGCAGCGGCCGCUCCGCAUUCCUGGGAUUCCAGGGCUGUGACUCCGCGCUCCAGCCCCACGCUCCGCAGCGACUCCGACACGCACUCGCUCUACAGCCGCCGCCUCCGGCCCCAUUCGCUCUCUCGGGACAACAAUCCCCUCCCUCUCUCCUACCCCCACCCCCGUGGGCUGCACCGGGAGCCCACGGCUCCCUUGGCCGCCUGCAAACUUCCCUGCUGGCCGCAAAGUCCUGCUUCCGCCUCCCCAAACUCCUUAAAACUUUCCCCGCUGCAGCGGGGACAAGAUUAUUGGGUGGGGGCGGUGGUUUACUUUCCCUCCCUCUCCUCCGGGAGCCCCCAAAUCAGGCAACACCCUGAUUUCUCCUCGUCCCAGCAAUCAGCUCUUCCUAGCAGCACCGGUUCCUACUUUGUCCCCCUCUCACCACUUGGGAUCCCUCUCCUGCUCAAGACGGAAACCUCCUUCUCCACUGGGAAACCCUCCUGGGGGAUUUUGAACGAAGCCUGAGCUACACUUGUUGCCUUUUCGGGAGGAAGGGAGAGCCCAUUCCCAGUGCCCCUGCACCAGAGGAGAAGUGGCCACGACAUGUAAACGCAGGGAUCCCUUGGAGUUGGCCCUGGGCAUGGACAACUAUUUCCGGUCCUGGAGGAGAGCAGUAACUAGUGGAGUCACAUUCAAGACAAACCAAAAAAACGUGCUGAGGAUAUCCAAAGUGUGACAGGAAGGGGCAGCCUUCCAGCCCAACAACUAUGCCUUUCGGGCUGAAACUGCGUCGGACCAGGCGCUAUAACGUCCUUAGCAAGAACUGCUUUGUGACACAGAUCCGUCUGCUGGACAACAAUGUGAUCGAGUGCACGCUCUCAGUGGAGAGCACAGGGCAGGAGUGUCUGGAGGCUGUGGCCCAGAGGCUGGAAUUACGUGAGACACACUACUUUGGUCUUUGGUUUCUCAGCAAGAGCCAACAAGCACGAUGGGUAGAACUGGAAAAACCUCUGAAGAAACAGCUGGACAAAUUUGCCAAUGAGCCUUUGCUUUUCUUUGGGGUAAUGUUCUAUGUGCCCAAUGUAUCCCGACUGCAGCAGGAGGUCACAAGGUAUCAAUAUUACCUCCAAGUGAAAAAAGAUGUUCUUGAUGGUCGAUUGCGUUCUUCGUUGGAUCAGGGGAUCCGGCUGGCUGGUUUAGCUGUGCAAGCGGAUUUUGGUGACUAUAAUCAGUUUGAAUCUCAUGAUUUCCUCCGAGAAUAUGUUCUGUUUCCUAUGGACUGGACUCAAGACGAAGCAGUCCUGGAAGAUCUGACUCAAAAGGUAGCUCAGGAACAUAAAACUCAUAGUGGCAUACCAGCAGCAGAAGCUGAACUUAUGUACAUCAGUGAAGUGGAACGUCUUGAAGGGUUUGGACAGGAAAGUUUCCCUGUGAAGGACAAUCAUGGAAAUGAUAUGCAUCUAGGUAUUUUCUUCAUGGGAAUCUUCAUAAAAAAUAGAAUUGGAAGGCCAACAGCGAUAUACAGGUGGAAUGAUAUUGGGAAUAUAAUACAUAACAAGUCUUCAAUCAUCGUGGAGUUGAUCAACAAAGAAGAAACCGUGCUCUUUCACACAGAUGAUAUUGAAAAUGCAAAAUAUAUUUCACGGCUGUUUGCUGCAAGGCAUAAGUUUUAUAAACAGAAUAAAAUCUGCACAGAACAGUCAAGUUCUCCUCCCCCUAUCAGACGGCGGCCCACCUGGAGUAGGUCAUCCUUGCCAAGACAGCACCCAUUUAUACUGCCGCCUAUGCAUGUCCAGUGCGGAGAACACUACACUGAAACAAACAACUCACAAGACAACAUUUUCCAUGGAAAUGAAGAAACAUUCUAUUGUAGAUCUCAGACCAGCUUGGACAGGUGUCCCAUGGACUUCAGCUACUUAAAUGGUAAUGGGCCAAAUGGCAGUAUGUGCAGUGCCCACAGCAUGAACUCUCUCAACCGUUCACAGAACUUCGUUCAGGCAUCUCCAAUGUCCUCCAAUCUCAGCAUCCCAGGAAGUGAUAUCAUGAGAGCAGACUACAUCCCCAGCCAUAGACAUAGUGCCAUCAUAGUGCCAUCCUACAGGCCAACGCCAGACUAUGAAACUGUCAUGAGGCAAAUGAAGAGAGGGGUUAUUCACAUGGAUAGCCAAAGUCAAUCUUUAAGGAACCUCAAUAUUGGAAAUACACAUGCUUACAACCAACCAGAAGACCUGGUUUACAGUCAACCUGAGAUUCGAGAGAGACAUCCCUAUACUGUUUCUUAUGGGCCGCAUGGUGGUUAUAACAAACCUGUUGCCCCAUCUGACCAAAUGAACCCUAAUAAUGCUGUGCAGAAUAAGGCAGCAGCCAGUGCCAUAUCCCACACAGUUAGCACACCAGAACUGGCUAACAUGCAGCUGCAGGGCAGUCAAAGCUAUAGUACUGCCCAUAUGUUAAAGAACUAUCUUUUCAGGCCACCACCUCCAUAUCCACGUCCACGUCCUGCCACCAGCACGCCUGACCUAGCGAGCCACCGUCAUAAAUAUGUCAGUGGCAGUAGCCCUGAUUUGGUUACUCGGAAGGUCCAGCUCUCAGUGAAGACAUUCCAAGAGGACAGCUUGCCAGUGGUUCAUCAGUCACUCCAGGAGGUUAGCGAGCCCCUCAUGGCAGCCAAGCAUCAUGCAGCUUUGAACAAGCGUCAUAGUUUGGAGGUCAUCAGCAAUAUGGUACGUGGUAUAGAAGCUAUGGCUUUAAAGACUUUAAAUGCCCCUCUGCCACGUAGAAACACCUUGCGAGAGCAGGUGCAACCAGAAGAGGCAGCGCAGAUGGAACAUGCGGUUCAGCAGCUCCCUUGCUACCAUCACAAGAAGACGUUCUCGAGUGCCACAAUGCUGAUACACAGCAGUGAAAGUGAAGAAGAAGCUUCAGAAUCAGUGUCACAGAUAGCACCGCUCCAUGAAAAUGUGGAAUAUAGUGCUCAGUUGCAAGCUGCUUUGGCUAGAAUACCAAAUAAACCUCCUCCUGAGUAUCCCGGGCCAAGGAAAAGUGUUAGCAAUGGAGCCCUGAGGCAGGACCAAGUAAACAUUUCAGUGGCUGUAGCCAGGGCCAAGGCCAUGAGGCCAGGGCCUACCAAGGCCAUUAGCGUGUCUCGGACUGAUCAAAUGACAAUGAAUGGGUCCUCACUUGGACCGUCUAUCUCAGAGCCUGACCUCACGAGUGUAAAGGAGAGGGUCAAGAAAGAACCAGUGAAGGAAAGGCCUGUGUCUGAAAUGUUUUCUAUCGAGGACAGCAUUAUAGAAAGAGAGAUGAUUAUGAGGAAUCUAGAGAAGCAGAAGAUGGCAGGCCUGGAGGCCCAGAAGAGGCCCUUGAUGUUGGCAGCGUUAAAUGGACUCUCCGUUGCUAGAGUUCCAGUGCCUGAGGAUAGCCAGGAUGAAGUAGCCAAGGUGCCAAUGGAUGAGAGGUGCAAAAUCUUGAAGAGGAAGUUGGAAGAGGGGAUGGUAUUCACUGAAUAUGAGCAGAUUCCAAAGAAAAAGGCAGAUGGGAUCUUCACCACUGCAGCAUUGCUUGAAAAUGCUGAGCGCAACCGCAUCAGGGAAGUCAUUCCUUAUGAGGAGAACAGAGUAGAGCUGGUACCAACCAAAGAAAAUAAUACAGGCUACAUCAAUGCCUCGCACAUAAAGGUUACUGUAGGUGGGGAGGAAUGGCACUAUAUAGCCACACAAGGACCUUUGCCACACACAUGCCAUGACUUCUGGCAGAUGGUGUGGGAACAGGGGGUGAAUGUUAUAGCCAUGGUCACAGCUGAAGAGGAAGGAGGAAGAAGCAAGAGUCAUCGCUACUGGCCUAAACUGGGUUCUAAGCACAGCUCAGCCACUUAUGGGAAGUUUAAGGUGACAACUAAAUUCCGCACGGAUUCUGGAUGCUAUGCUACUACAGGGCUGAAGGUCAAGCAUCUUUUGUCUGGGCAGGAAAGGACAGUGUGGCACUUGCAAUAUACUGACUGGCCUGAUCAUGGUUGUCCAGAAGAAGUCCAAGGCUUUUUAUCCUAUUUGGAGGAGAUACAGUCGGUACGUCGCCAUACCAACAGCGUGUUGGAUGCCAGCAACAAUUGCAACCCACCAAUCGUGGUUCACUGCAGUGCAGGUGUAGGGAGGACAGGGGUGGUUAUCCUAACAGAACUGAUGAUUGGCUGCUUGGAACAUAAUGAAAAAGUGGAUGUUCCGGUGAUGCUGAGACACCUACGGGAGCAGAGAAUGUUCAUGAUUCAGACCAUCGCUCAGUACAAAUUUGUCUAUCGUGUGCUCAUCCAGUUCCUACAAAACUCUAGACUCAUUUAAUCUCCUUAGAGAUCCCAGACGCAGUAUUGUGGAUUGGACUGAACCUUAUUGGCAAGACAGACACAUUCCUUUGACAAUGUGUCUAUUAUCAUGGUGUGCAAAUAUUGCACGUGCUCAAGUUGCCUCAAAAGUAAGGAGUCCUUGUUCUUCCGUAGAGAGUACCACAAAUUAUUUUGUACAAGGUAAUUUAUUUUUCAUGGAAUAACUUCUGAAUUUCUUGAACUUGUAAAACAUGUGGUGAGGUUUGAAUUGACAUAACUGAUCUGCGUUGCCAAAUGUCCAUAGGGAAGGUGAUCCGCUCCAGGGAUGUUCUGUUGACCUGUAUUCUGUUAUAUGGUUCAUGAAACGAACAGGUCUUCAGGGAAUGGCAUUUUUCCAGUAAGAACAUUUUAGAGCCAAUGUUGUGGCUUUCACCAUGAAAACAAGACCUGCUAAAAGCCAGUUAGGACUCUGUAAUGAGCUGAAUCUGAUGAUAAAGAUAGAGAAGAUACAAUGCAGAGAACCCAAAACAUGCAUCCAUGAAUGGAUGGAAGCAUUACAAAGUAAGCAGUAGGGUAUUUCAGGCAGGAAAGCUGGGUGUGUGGCAGUACCUCUUGGCUUGAAGUGGUUUCCAUCAUAUACAGCGUUUACAGUUUUGUUCAAUGGUUCUCAGCACCCCCACUACAAAAAUUGUUCCAACACCACUAUAAUCAGGUGUACAGAGACCUCAGAUGUUCAAAAUUUGGCAAGAAUUACCAUUGCAGCUUAGCAUUUGACAAGAAGGCAUAUUACACCUUUGUUAAUAUCCACCAGCCUUUGAUCCCUUCCUAGAUAAAGAGCUGUAAUAUUCUUGCUAGGGCCCUGAACCCAACCACAUUGUAGUCAGUGGAAGUCUUUCCAUCAACCUUAGUGGGCUUUGGGUUGAGCAAUAGAAAAAGUCAGCCAGCUGCAGCCCAGAAAAUAGAAGUCAGACAUUAUGUUCUCACAAAUGACUAACCCUUUCAUUGUUGUCACAAGGCCAAAUCCCACUCACCUUAUUCAGGCAAGGAAUGUCAUUAAGGUCUAGACAUCUCAUCUCCAAUGGGAGAGUUUUGUUUUCCGCACAAAUCAUUCUCAGUCACUUAGAUGGUUUACUUUCUAGCCCUUCGUACAGUGCCAUAGUGAUCUGUGCUCUCUGACCUGUAUCCCUGUGUUCUGUUUACUACCCUGGCUGCUGCCAAAAUAGUGAGCUGAAGUUUUUAGCUUACAGACUGCUCCUGCCCUCAGAUUCUUUCCCAGUCAAUGUCUCGCAGUUUGACCAUAUCACACCCCAGCCCUUCUGGCACUGGGAAGCUUUAUUUCUUAACUUUUAUUCCCCCACCCAGCCCCCUGCAUUAAAUUGCAGAGGCCAUUUGCCCACUCAGGUUACCAUUUUUAUCCCAGGUCUCUUUGUGUCCUUUCUCUCCUUUUAUAUUGCAGUAGCCACUGAAGGUCCCAGUCUCCUACAUCACAUAGGGAGAGAGAAUCCCUGCCCCGAAGAAUUUACAAUCUGAAUAGACAAGACAGACAAAUGGGGAGAGAAAGGAGAUGUUGUUAUCCCCAUUAUACAAGUGGUGAGGCGAGGUACAGCUACUUUAAGUGACUUACCCGAGGUCAUACAUGAAGUCUGUGGCAGGAGACGUGGGUUCCAUUCGUGGCUCUAAAUCCCAGGCCAGGACCUUAACCAUGCAGGCCAUCACUUUCCUCUUUUCCCUCCACCUUCCCUUGAUACUGGCUGACUGUUCCACAUCCUUUGUGCAAGUUCCCUCUUCUAGGUCAUUAAUUUAUUUCACUGAAGCCACGUGUUCACUGUGGAUCACUUUGUCCAAAAGUGAUAGCUGCUGCACUUGUUUUAAAAAAAAACGUAAUUAAAAGUAUAGCUGGGUGGCACUGACUCGUGAAAAACCAAAGCCACCAGAUCUUAGAAAACUUGGUACAAUGGGUCAAAUUCAAAUCCAGUGUAAUGUACUGAGCUCAGUGGAACUGCAUUUGCUUUCAUCAGCUCUCAGUUUUAGCCCCAUAUGACUUGACAGCCCUGCAGAGUUCAUGAUGCACCCCCAUGGCAACUCCCAGAAACCAGGGGCAGGAGUCCACUUGUGUACAUCAUCCUGUAAGGCCCAAGCAGGCUUUGCUUGAAAUACCAGAAAACGUUAAAGAAUCCAGGCAUAAAUGUGGUUUCAGUCAAGGGUUUGCUUUGAAUGUAUGCUAGCGACGCUCUAUUACAACACUUGUGAAAGAAAUGGAUGGAAGAGCAUUUUGAGUCUGGUAUAGUCACUUGGCAGUUCUUUUGAUGGGGCGAUUUUCUGUUAGUCUUGAGCAGAAAAAAGGAAGCUUAACUUUAAAAAGUCUGCUCAGGCCGUUGCUAUUACCUGACUGAGCUUGUACAAUGUAUAAAUCAGGGCCAAAUUUCCCCCUCCCCCCAAAUGACACAAUUUACUGCUGUCAUCUGUGUUUUAUUUGCUUUCUCCUGGCUAGCCAUGACCCAUUAGAUAGCUUCCACCUAUCUUACUCUAGAAACAAUCUAAACUGGAUGGGUACCUAGUGACUGUAGGUGGGUUUAGAGCCAUGCUUCCUAACCCCUAAUCUGGAAACACCCAGUGUAGUCCAGCAAGCAGAGCCUGCAGUGUGUCAGCUUUAUUGGAGAGCCAGAAUUAGGGGGAAACAUUGCACUCAGUAUGGUCACCCCUAGCUGCUGCUUUUCCAUAACUUGUCUUCCGGACUUUGGCAGCCAAAUGUAAGCUCUUCUGUUUGUUCUGAUUAAAGCUGUUUGCAAAGGCCAGGUAAUGCUUUUAAACAAAUGGUUAAAGGCUCACUCCUACAAGGUUCUGAGUGCUCUCAACUUCAGUUGGGAGUUGAGGACACUCAGACCAGAUCCUCAAAGGUAUUUUAGAUACUUAACUCGCAUUAGGCACCUAAAUAAAUACCUUUGAGGCUCUGGGUCUGAGUGCCUUACAGAUGUUGUCUAUGCUGGUAGCUUGGCAUUUACAGUAACAUACUAGGGUGAAGGCAUAAUGGUGAGAAAAGAAAAGAGAGGUUUCAGUUUCAAGCCACCAAAGGAUGGUUAGGAAAAAAAAUAUAGACCUAGUUAAACUAUCUUGAUAUUAUGUUUAAGAAUCAGCUGC